ACAAAUUACAUGGGCAAUUGCAUUCAGACAUCCUCCCAAACGACGACGUACGCCACCGCCAAAGUCGUCGUUCACGACGGAAGGCUCGAGGAGUUUUCCUACCCCGUCAAGGUCUCCUAUCUCCUGCAGCUCUACCCAGCGUGCUUCAUAUGCGACUCCGACGAGAUGGGCUACGACGACGUCGUUUCCGCCGUUCACGAGGACCACGAGCUCCGCCUCGGCCAGCUCUACUUCGCCCUCCCCCUCACCCGCCUCAAGCGCCACCUCCCGCCGCACGAGAUGGCCGCGCUCGCCGUCACCGCCACCUCCGCCCUCGCCCAAUGCGCCCCCCGCCGCAAACAGAUUCUUCUCCUCUCCGCCCACGGGAAUGCCAAGCCCGGCCGCCGUGUGGCGCCCCACGCCGUCACCAGCAAAACUGCCGUCAGGGGGAGGGGCAAGUUCACCGCCACGUUGAGUUCCAUACCCGAGCAGGGGUAGUUUUGGAACAUUAAAUUCAAAUAUGAGCUUUUGCUUUUCUAUUCUUCUUGUAUAUAUACUCCCCCAAAGGGGGAAAAAAAAAACUAUAAUACUAUUAAUUUUUCAA